AUGGCGGACACACCCGCGCCUUUGAAACGGGACCCAGUGCCGCGUCAAGCCGACCUCAUAGACCCACUUAGCCACAUUGAAGAGCGUCUGGAAGCAGCCUUCAACCGCUUUUGGGCAACCUUAAUGGACCGGAUGAAGCGGGCACCCCCUGCAAAACUACCACGGGUGAGAGAGUACACACACGGCGGAACAAAGCCCAAGAGACCCUCCAAAGGCAAACCAACCUCAAGGUCAGCAAAACGCCAUAUCCUGCGCCUCCCUGGGUCUAGGGCCACCCGGGGAAUACCCCCAACGAACUGAACAUGAAUGCAGAGAGGAUCGACACGCAGACACCUGCCCCAAAGCAGCAAAGCCCCCUGCAAACACCUGGAUGGGUGGAACUGGGACUCAGGGAUCCUCCGAGCUCAUGA